AAUUUGUCAGAGGAUGGGAUACCGGAUAGCUGCUUCUGCUGCCACCACCACUACACUCGCAGAGUAGCUACAGAAGUAGAUCAGCAAGGAUGGCUGGAAACGCGUGGAGGUCAACGGUGUCCCGUGUGAUGGGGGCGAUGAGGAGUCAGACCCCUCAACCCCGAAAUUUCACCAGAGGGAUGCAGACUGUAACCCUAAUCCCUGGGGAUGGCAUCGGUCCAGAGAUCUCCUCAGCUGUAGUGAAAAUAUUUGAAGCUGCUAAAGCCCCCAUACAGUGGGAGGAGAGGAAUGUAACCGCUAUAAAGGGACCAGGGGGCAAGUGGAUGAUCCCGCCAGAGGCAAAGGAAUCCAUGGACAAGAGCAAAAUUGGACUAAAAGGACCGCUUAAGACUCCUAUUGCUGCUGGCCACCCUUCCAUGAACCUGCUGCUGAGAAAGACCUUUGACCUCUACGCCAACGUGCGCCCUUGCGUGUCCAUGGAGGGCUACAAGACCCCUUACACCGACGUCAACCUGGUCACCAUCCGUGAGAACACAGAGGGGGAGUACAGCGGCAUUGAGCAUUUGAUUGUUGAUGGCGUAGUGCAGAGUAUCAAGCUGAUCACCGAGGACGCCAGCCGCCGCAUUGCAGAGUAUGCUUUUGAGUACGCCAGGAACAACCAGAGAACUAGUGUCACAGCUGUUCACAAAGCCAACAUCAUGCGCAUGUCUGAUGGACUAUUCCUGAGGAAGUGCAGAGAGGUGGCCGAGAACUUCAAGGACAUCAAGUUCACCGAGAUGUACCUGGAUACAGUCUGCCUGAACAUGGUACAGGAUCCCACUCAGUUUGACGUGCUUGUCAUGCCCAAUCUCUAUGGUGACAUCCUGAGCGAUCUCUGCGCUGGGCUCAUCGGUGGCCUCGGAGUAACUCCAAGCGGCAACAUCGGCGCCAACGGUGUGGCCAUCUUUGAGUCGGUCCACGGUACUGCCCCUGAUAUCGCAGGACUGGACAUGGCCAACCCCACUGCCCUGCUGCUCAGCGCGGUCAUGAUGCUUCGCCACAUGGGGCUGCAUGGCCACGCCCAGAAGAUCGAGACCGCCUGCUUCGACACCAUCCGAGACAGAAAGGUCCUGACCAAAGACCUUGGUGGAAACUCCAAGUGUUCAGAGUUCACCGGUGACAUCUGCCGAAGAGUACAAGAUAUGGACUGAAGAGGCUCCUACUCGCAUCAAGAUUAAAACAAAGACGUGGAUUUACUCCCAAUGAUGACACCGAGAAAAAAAAAUCCCAACAAAAAACAAUCUCAUCUUCGUAUCAUUCUCAUAUCUGCGCACAAUUCUACUCUAUAUGUACAUGUAUGUAACUGAGAUAUAAAUAACUCCGGGGGCCACAGCCCUGAAUGUUUUUUUUUUCACCUUACAAAGAAGGCACUGUUUUAAAGAAAAUAAUCUCCUGUCCUAUGGUCCUGUGUUUUGUGAGAUGAGUUGUCUGCUGAAUAAUCUGAAAUGCUCUAUUUAUUGACUGGAAUAAAUGUCUGGUCCAAACAUUUACAUAACCUAUUGUCCUCAGCUGUUCUGUUAAUUGCAGAAUUCAAACGUGUCCGGUUUCAGAUUACCAAUACAUUAAAGUUACUGAUAUUUUCAACCAAA